AUGAGUCCCGCGACGCCCAAUGCGGGGGCAUUAGGCCACGCUUCAAAUGACAUACCAACCAACCAACCAUCCUGCCCUGCUCCCCUCCACCAACAUCUGCUAAGCUUCUACGCAGAUCUGCUUGAUAGGCUUUGCUGGCUAUCUAUGCGCUGCGUGAUGAUGAACGCCGUUCAGCAGCGGCUCCUCUUGGUACCUCAAUGCUCAGUGACCUCUGUUGCAGAGCGUACGCACUUUCGAUUGACAUCCACGGGGGGCACGCAUAGAUCGAGUGUACACCAUGAGGUCAAACCGUGGCCGAGAGUCACUUCUCACAACUGGAAUUGGAUACCCACCGGUCUUCUCUUCAACGCCGCGUCUUUCCAUUGUUUGACCAUUACUAUACAUGACACUAUAAGCUUUGCGAAAUGCGAUGGAUCAGUCGAGCAGAUCUGGCAGGUCGGUCAGAAUGGUACUUGGAUCAGGGCGCUGGACAAGCCCGGUUGUCUUACGGUUGGCAACGGUCACGUAACUUUUGGAAAAUGCAAUGAGGAGGAAUGGAUAUAUAGCCGAUAUGGUCUUAUUCAGGAGGUGAGAUCGAGGAUGUGCUUGACGGAAGGUAAAGAUGGCAUGGUCGUGGUGGCGGAAUAUGCCGAGUGGAUGGCAGUUGUGAGCUUUUCUGUAAUGCCGAUUGCAUUUUUCGGCUGGUGUGAAGCGCAAGCAUGGAUACCAGAAGAAGUGAUAGGUGCAAAAUCCUCUCACUCAGGCUUCCUCUCAGUGCUCACCCCUUUUCAGUCCCUCAGAGCCUUUGCCCGGAAGCUAUUUAUCGUCGUGCCAGCGCGGCUAGUAUGCUCGUCUGAAAUCCUUCCCGUGGUCAAGACAUCUAUACCUCAUCUCAUUUGCGAUUCGCGUCGGAUAGCACAAAUGGUCAGUUUUGGCGGGAAAAAUGACGAAAAGCAGAAGCUAGAUAAUGCUGUGAUCUCUGGAUAUGUAUACAUCUAG